GGUCCCAUGACCUUUGAGGAGGUGGCUGUGCAUUUCACCCAGGAGGAGUGGGUGCUGCUGGAGCCUGACCAGAGGGCCCUACACAGGGAAGUCAUGGAGGACAACUGCGGGAUCGUGGCGUCUCUUGUUCCAGAUCUUAAGCAUGUUUCCGAAAUGGAGCCGAGGGUAGAUCCGUGGAUUUUGAAUGGAAACAAACGCUCGGAUAUCGGAUCAGUAACCUCUCUGGUUCCCAAGCUUGAGGUCAUUUCUGAAAUGGUGCCGAGGGAAGAUUCACAGGGUUUGGAUGAAGGGGAAACCUCAGAAUUCAGAUCAGGAACGUCCUUGG